AUGGAUGAACAGUUGAUUAAUAAAGAAGUGGUAAAGCGACGAAGGGAAUUUGGGACUAAGGAGUUUGAGACUAAACGCGAACCAAUCACGUUUCAAACUAUCAAAAGGAUUGGGGAGUUCGUCGAUUGGGACAUUAUAUCAGACUGGCUGUCGUCCUGCUCCGAGGAGCAUCCAAAAUGUGGACCAAGAGAUCUAGGAGUGAAGCCUGCUCAUUUUCGACUGAUUGAUGUGCGACGACGGCGCAUUGUCUCCGCGCCUUAUGACUGUCGCUAUGUUGCUCUCAGCUAUGUGUGGGGACUUAACACCGAUAGGAGUAAAAUGUCUACUCGAGCUACAUUGGAAUCGCUACGGAAGGAUGGCGGAUUGCUUGUUUCAAAUGUUGUGAAGACCAUCAACGACGCGAUUACCAUUUGCUCUCACUAUGGGUGGAUCAAUGACCAAGCAGAGCAGAUUGCGUCCAUGUCUGCAAUAUAUUCGUCCGCUGCGUUGGUGAUUAUCUCUACGGAUGGAGAUAUGAACGACGGGAUUCACGGGGUGAGCAGUGAUAGAGCCCAGAAGCAGAUCCAAUGUGAGCUUGCUGGGAUGAAAUUCAUCAAUGAGCUCCCCAGCUGGCGAGAGAUAAUUAAUUGCUCAUCUAUAUGGUCGACACGGUGCUGGACAUACCAAGAAGGAAUCCUAGGGAGAAGGAAGAUUUAUUUCAGCUCUUCGCAGUCAUUCUUCGAAUGUGACAAGAGCAUUCUCGACGAAGACGGCAUGAAACAAGACGCCAUGUACUCGCCAAACGGACUAAAUCCACAACGAUGGCACUCAGUCAUCGACGCGUUCUAUGGCCAUAUGGCGAAGUAUUCGAGGCGCCACCUGGGAAGUGAAUUCGAUAUCUACAAUGCUGUUGAGGGUAUUGACAGUGCCUUGUACGCAAGCAAACAUCCUCUAUGGUUUGGGCUUCCACGCGUCGAUUUUGAUAAAGCGUUACUGUGGUGUCAUGAUUCUCCAUCAAAUGGAGAAUUUAAGGGUGCAGUGAAGAGUCCUCCAGAGGGUUUGAUCCCUAGCUGGUCCUGGUCUUCGACUACGCAGAGUGUUUUGCUCUUGGAUGAUUGCAACCGACGGUCAAUUCGAUAUUGCGGACCCCUGGUGAUGUGGACUUCGUGUCAGAAGACAGAGACCGGCUGCAAGGUCGAGGAAAUUGUACCUAGCUCCGCAGUGGACUUUCAAUGCCCCCAUUGUGAGAGUGAUGUGACCGGAAACGAUCGCGAUAGAAGAUACACCGACGAGCACUGUUACAUAUAG